CAACAACACUAGCACACCAUAGAAUAAGCAGACGAGCAGGAGUACUAUCUUAAAACACUUCUUCUUCCACAACUAUUGAGAUCACAUGAUCCCGUGGGCUUACGGGGAGUAACUCUGGAAUGAGCACCAUAAGGCCCCUGAUUCCUCGUUUGUCCACCUUGCUUCGCAAGAAACCGUUUCCCACGCCUUCUCCCGGGCCACCUUUAUGGCCCGGCAUACUAGUUGAUGAAGAGAUCUCGCCAGUAUACGAUUCCAAGUACUUCUACCCAGCCAAGCCUGGAGAGGUACUCGCUGAUCGUUACCAAAUCCUCGUCAAGGUUGGCUGGGGCGUGUCUUCCACAGUAUGGCUCGCGCGUGAUUUGCAAGGGCAUAUUGAAGAGCCCGAGGAUGUCGUGGCACUAAAAAUCGUCAAUAACAAUGCGAGUUCCGCUGGUCGUGAGCGCGAGGUUGAAGAGCACAUCUCCACAAUAGACCCAUCACAUCGCGGUCGCUCACUUAUUCGAACGUUACUGGACUCUUUCGAAGUCAAAGGUCCGGGAGGUACUCACUCGUGCCUUGUGUAUCCACCUAUGAGAGAGUCAUUGUCGAUGUAUCAGCGGCGCUUUCACGAUAGAAAGAUGCCACUGCCCCUCAUUAAAACUUACAUUCGUGGUCUUCUUACAGGGCUUGAAUAUCUUCACAAAAAAUGCAGGAUAGUUCAUACGGAUCUCAAGCUUGAAAACAUCAUGGUGUCAUUCGAGGACCAAACCGUGCUUGCUGAUUUCAUGGAUUUUCAGCUUGAGAAACCGAUGGCUUUCAAGACUGAUUCGACUGGACGACCAGUGUAUCAGUCCCGUAACGACUUUGGGCCACUCAAAAGCUUGAGAAGUAUACCACAGCUUGUCGACUUUGGCUUGGCCAUCAGACUCGAGGAAGACGACGACUGGGGCGUCUGGCCUAUCCAGCCAGACCACUAUCGGGCGCCAGAGGUAGUACUGGGUAUAGGAUGGCAAAUGCCUGCGGAUAUUUGGAAUUUUGGUGUUCUGUUGUGGGAUAUGCUCGAAGGCAGAGAGCUGUUUCGACACAUCUAUGAUCAACAAGGUCACUACGAUGCUAAACUACACAUCGCCGAAAUGGUGGCUUUACUCGGUCCACCCCCUCCAGAGAUCAUACAAAGGUAUCAAUACAUGCGAGAGUACUCGUGGCCGGAGCCUGUCAGACGAGAAGACGGCAGAGUAUGCGAGACCGCGGAGGAGUACUUUAGUGGCCCGUUCUUUGACGAUAAUGGUCGAUUUCUCUACGAAGAUCUGAUUCCAGACCGGAAACUAGACAACACUGUUUCCUUCCUUGAGGAAGAGGAGAGGGAAGCGUUUCUCGAUCUCGUGAAGGGAAUGCUUGUCUGGCAUCCAGAUGCGAGGAAAACGGCUGGCGAACUGGCGAGGCAUGCUUUUCUUCAACAAAAGAAUACAAGUGCCUGAUUCCUUCGAGCGUUCUCCAGCAGAAUGACUCGAAAUCGUGGUUGAUCCCAGUUGGCGGUGCGAUCAGAUGGCCGGUUGAAGCGUCAACGUGAUUGCUUUACUAAUCUUACACUGCGAAGAAAUGCUCUACGUAUAGAUAUGCAAAGUGCACUACAGCCUUUCAUGAUAUAAUCCACUCCAAUAGCAAUUUCGACACGUGAUGGCUAUCUCUGAGUUGGUGAAUAACCCUCUUGCAACAUACAGCACACCGCAGAAGCUACAACAGUUAGCCAGCAGAAAGGUCUGCAAAAUGGUAUCUCUCAUCUUCAGACCACUCAUUCACCAAUUUCCACAUAAGUAAACAGGCUACUUGACGGAUCCUGUCAAACCGUAGAAAGCACUCCAUGAUA